AUGGAGGCGACGCAGGAGUCCACCCAGCCAUGCACAGACCCUCGCCGCAUGGGCUACAACAACUCCGGUCUCCACGAUGAUGAUAUGACGGAUAUCAUUUGUAUCUUACACCCCAAUUCACCUGCAGCUCAUGACGCGGUAGCUGCAACCGCUCGCCAUCGCCCGCAGCACAUCCUACAAAGGGAGGCGUUGGAAUAUGAAUGUUCAGAUACUGCAGCCUUGGACUUCGCCCUUAGACUGUCAUCGAAUGUGUAUGAAGCAGGCACGGGGUUUUGCUUUGGACGAAACAGAGCUCGCUGUGAUCUUCUCAUUGCCGAUGCUAAUUCGAAACGUAUCUCGAACACGCACUUCCGCAUCUAUCUCACGCAGGAUGGGAUAAUAAUGCUCGAAGAUACCUCCACCAAUGGAACGAUCGUAGACAACUGUCGUCUUCGCAAAAGUCAAAAAGAGAAAAGUCGCAUGCUAGUCAACGGCUCCGUGAUCCAGGUACCGAAUGGUGAAGUCCUCGGCUCGGAGGAAGUCAGAUUCAUCGUGCGCCUUCCGUCCCGGGAAGGCUUUGUCAUGCAGUACACGGAAAACGUCCUUCACUACUUCGAGAGGAUUGAGGCCCAGCGAGCAGGCGCCGUCCGGGCCAGAGCUCGUGCAACUCCUGCACCUGCUCUGCAAAUGGCGUCGCCCAACACAUACGGCAUGCACUGGUCUGGCGGAUUGAUAUAUAACGUGACCGGUCAGAUAGGCAAAGGAGCUUUUGCAACGGUCUACAAACUUGCCACGAAACAACAUGGCGCUGUUUACGCAGCUAAGGAACUUGACAAGCGCCGCUUUAUGAAGAAUGGGAUACUUGACAAGAAGGUCGAUAAUGAAAUGAAGAUCAUGAAGGAUCUGAAACACCCCAACAUUGUCCAGUAUGUCGACCACCACGAGCACGACAGAUGGAUUUACAUCAUCAUGGAGUACGUCCCGGGCGGAGAGUUGUCCACAUACCUGCAGUCCCAUGGCAAGAUUCGGGAGGAUAUGGUUAGGCCUAUGGCGCGGCAGAUCUUGCAUGCACUUCACUAUCUCCACAAACGCAAAAUCACGCAUCGCGAUAUCAAACCGGACAAUAUCCUGAUCGCAUCCCUUGAUCCUCUGAGGGUGAAAUUGUCCGACUUUGGCCUUUCCAAGGUGGCCCAGGAAGAGACAUUUCUCAGGACCUUUUGUGGCACUCUCCUCUAUUGCGCUCCUGAAGUCUACCCUGAAUAUGACACCUAUCGGCGCGGUGAAGUUCGGAAACGCCGCAGGCUGGGUGAUCCGCCGCCCAAAACGUCCCCUUAUGAUCAAUCCGUUGACAUGUGGUCACUUGGAGCGGUUCUGUUUCAUCUCCUUGCAGGGGUCCCUCCAUUCGCUCCACGAGGAGAUGAUAGGGGAACCCAAAUGCUGAGAAUCAUCAUGACCGAGGAUGCCGAUUAUGGGGAACUUCGCAAAGCAGGUGUUUCUGAGGAUGGAAUAGACUUGGUGGCUCGGCUGCUGAAUCGUGACCCCACGUCUCGACCGAGCGAACGCGAAUGCUUUAAACAUCCAUGGAUUGCUGGAGUUGCGGACAUUGACGAGUAUGAGGACGAGGACGUCAUGUUGAACCUUGCAGAUGAUCUUUCUGAUAUAGGCGAAGAUCUAGAGGACGAGCUUGACGCUUCUCAACUUUCGCUCAAUGAUAAGCCGGCAGCGGAGGUAGCCGUCGAGGAGGACAAUGAAGCGGCUCAAUCCAAGAAAAUUAAGCUUGAUUACCCCCCAGCAGAUAUCCGUUAUCCAUCGUUGCCAAGUAUCGACAGUUUCCAGGUCGUGCAGCCUAUUUCUCAGUCAACUCCAAAACGACUUUUCGGGGAGAUCACGCCAUCGGUUCUUCGAAGUUCACAUGCGUUGGGUGAGAAUGUCGAUGCAUUUGAGGGUGACGACUUUAGCAUCCAUGACUUCGUUUCUUCCACUGGUGAGUCGAACAUUAGCGACGGCAACAGCCUAAAUUCCGUCCUCUCCCUCCCGGAAAACCCCGUCGCCGGAUCUGCACCUAGCUUAAUGGGAGCUGAGAAACUUGUUGGGCAGCUGAACAUGGACUCGUGGCACCCUGGCACAUCGAACAACAUUCCUCCCCAUCACAUCGAGGCGCCGGGACCGCAAACUAGCAUGGCUGCGCAAGUCCCAGAUAAGCAAGCCCCAGAGGCACCAAAGCAUACCUCUGUCGAUGAUGCAACCCUUAAGCCUUGCAAAUUCAGCCGGCGGAUCGAGCUGCCCGUACCCGAUACGGCCAGUGAGCGCUCGAGCCCAGAAAUGAUAGAAAAGACAGCGGAGAAGGCAGAUGAGGAUGGAGUCGAGAAGACAACCGAGACAACCGAAAAGCCAAUCGAGAAGUCUAACCACGGCCGGGCUGAGUCCGAAGCUGACUACGGAGAGAUUUUUGACAUUGAAUUGGCAAACACUAUCGAUGCCAAAACUGGAGAGCAGCUUCCAGAUCUACUUCAACGGGGCGACAACCAACUUCCUGCGGAGCCCGCACCAGACCCGAGUCCGGAUACCAACCCUCGAGUAUUUUCCCAGCCCAGCAAGACACGUCCCCUCCUAGGCAGGUUGACCACUCUUCCGGGGUCCAUCUUUGACCUCACCAUCCCGCUGGAAACGCGUAUGACAUCCUGGGGUCGCGGGCCCCAAGCGACCAUAUGCUAUCCUGAGCCAAUGGACACACGGAUCCCUGCAUAUGCCUUGGAAGUCACCUUUUGGGCCCCUGCGAUUGAGACGAAGAUCGCUGCCGGACAGGAGUGGAUGACUGUCCCCGGUGUGAUGGCGAUUCUCUCCACCAAAACUCGCAAGUGUAUCUGGGUUAACGGCACUGAGCUCCGACGAGGGCCGGACGGUGACAAUGGGCGUGAGGGCUUCCAUUUCGGGAAGCUGUACACUGGCGAUGUCAUUACGGUUUACCAGCACCGCCAUAAGUUUCUGAAGUUCGCCUGCGAAUUCUACCACGGGGACAGUGCGCGCCCGCGUCCCGAGGAGGAAAAAGGCUUCACUGUGCGCAAAGUCCUGAUGCCCAAGGAGGCGACCAUAAACCGACUGCCUGCGCGGAAGGUCACUGGUGGGAAGAAGUAG